AGCUAGGAAACAGUCGGGGCAACUCACCGGUGAUAGCGUGACUUCUAGCAUCACGUUUCAUUUCUAUUUUUCUGUCUUAGUUUGAUCGGUAGUAGCUAGUGAAUAUGGGUGAUGAUGAGGAGAAAUUCGACGGGAUGUUGCUCGCUAUGGCUCAGCAGCAUGAAGGCGGAGUGCAGGAGUUGGUGAACACCUUCUUCAGCUUUCUCCGCAGGAAGACAGAUUUCUUCUCGGGAGGAGAGCCAGGAGCUCCAGAAAAGCUGGUUAAAGAAGCGUUUGCCCAUCACAAUCAGCUCGCCCUCAAAGUCCACAAAGAGAAACAGUCCAGACAGGAGAAGGAGAAGAAAGAGAAGGCUGAGAGAGCUGCCAAACUGAAGGAAGAGGAGAAGAAGAGGAAACAUGAAGCAGAGGAGCCCAGAAUCAAAGAAAUCACUGAUGAAGAGGCUGAGAGACUGCAAUCACAGUUAAAUCAAACACAAAAAGAGGAAAUGAAAGAUUCAGAAGCACCUGAGACUGAGAAGGCAGAUAAAAAGGGGUCUGACUCUGAGGGAGAGGAGGAUGAAAAGGACAAAGACAAGAUUAAACCUAAUGCUGGAAAUGGAGCAGACCUGCAAAACUACAGGUGGACACAGACCCUGUCUGAAGUAGACCUCAUUGUGCCUAUCGAUGUGAACUUUCGUCUGAAGGGGAAGGAUGUGGUUGUGGACGUACAGCGGCGUUCACUGAAGGUCGGAUUGAAGGGCCACCCACCUGUGAUUGACGGACAGCUGUACAAUGAAGUGAAGGUGGAGGAGAGCUCGUGGCUUAUUGAGGAUGGCAAAUUAGUCACAAUCCAUUUUGAGAAGAUAAACAAAAUGGAGUGGUGGAGCAGGUUAGUUACUACAGACCCUGAAAUUAACACCAAGAAAAUCUGCCCAGAGAACUCCAAGCUGUCAGAUUUGGACGGAGAGACACGUAGCAUGGUGGAGAAGAUGAUGUUUGAUCAGAGGCAGAAGUCCAUGGGUCUGCCCACCUCUGAAGAGCAGAAGAAACAGGAUAUCCUGAAGAAGUUCAUGUCUCAGCAUCCUGAGAUGGAUUUCUCUAAAGCGAAGUUCAGUUGAGAGCUGUAUGAUCGCUCAUACAGUAAACAUCACUGAACAUGUGAUCCAGAGCUCCUCUUACUCUCCUGCUCAGUUGAUCAGUUUGUUUCCGGUUAGAUGACUGUAUGACUUACAGUUACACUGUUGUUAUGUUGAAAGUGUCACAAUGCUUCAAGCACCAUGUUUUUUAAUAAAUCAUUUCAAACCCUA